CAGAGAAGAAGUGCGGAACCACGCGGUGCGGUGGAACGCGCAGUUCUCAUUCGUGUGCAAGAUGUGCGCUAACGCCAGCACCGGCGUGCUGGAGCCCGCGCUCAUGAGGGUCUCCGUACGCAAGGAGUGCAAAGGCGGUAGGUCAUACCAGAAGCUGGGCUUCUGCGACGUGAACCUGGCCGAGCUGGCGGGCGCGGGCGAGACGACGCGCCGCUGUCUGCUGGAGGGGUACGACCCGCGCCGGCGGCAGGACAAUUCGGUGCUGCGCGUGCGCAUCAAGAUGAACAUGAUCUCCGGCGACCCUCUCUUCAAAGUUCCAGAGCGCAAGCAGGAGGCCACGGACGGCAUGGCGGGCGGCGACAGUGGCUCGGAGAGUGUCCCGGGCGGCACGCAACCUGACGACGACUGCGCCUCGUCCACCGCCUCCUCGGGCUUCGGCUCACUCACCAAAAAGAAGAAUUACGAGGGUAGCAUACCCCAACCUCUGUCCUUGUUGCCUUCCUGCGAGCUGCCCACCCCCGACGGGGAAGACUCGCCACUGGCCACCUCCGCGCCCGACCACCCCGGACUGACGAUGGUGGCGGCGGUGAGCGGCGCCAGCGGCCCGGCGGCGGGCGGCCCGGCGACGGGCGGCCCGGUGGCAGGCGGCCCGGUGGCGGGCGGCCCGGCGGCGGCCGCGCCCUGCGCCGCCUGCAUGCAGCAGCAGCAACACACGCACUCGCGGAACUCUUCCAACACCUCCGGGGACAUGAGCAGCAAGGCGUCCGGUUACGGCAGCUCGUCAGCUGCGUCGGCGCACUCGCGGCAGAGCUCUGAGGGCGACUCGGCCGGCGACUCGGGCCGGCCGCAUCACAACAGCGUCCCCCCCCCGAGCAAGCAGGGCCGCGCGCUCGUCCGCCUGGUCGUGCAGGCCAGCGACAGCUCGGAGCUGUACCUCACGCCCAACUGCACGCUGACCGGCCCGCCCGACGUCAUCCCGCGCCACGCGCUCGCCUCGCCCGCCUCGCCCGCCUCCGACCAGUAUUGCACGCCCGAUGCCACGCUCGUCAAUGGACAUGAGAACUCGUUCGCGAUGCCCACGUACUUCGACAAGAAGAAAAAAGUAGCCGCCACUAUCAUCAGCGCCGCCGUCGAGCCGCUCACCAAUUUCCAGAUCUUCAAGCAGAAGUCGCUCAACACGAUCCCUGCGUUGCUGGAGAAGAACAAGAAGAACGAGGAGUUGUUCAACAAUUUCCCUUUCCUGACGCCUCUAGCGCACAGAAAGAAUUCUCUCGUAUGCAACGCGAGCCGACUCUCCGGCUGCAUAGAGGACGAGUUCUAUUGCAUUCCUUCCGACCCUGAGGUGGACGUAGGCUCCUCGGAGUGCAUCGACAUCCGGUACCGGUUCAAGAGCCUGUCGAACCAGGCUCUGAACGAGGGCAAGGUACUGACGUCGACGCCCAAGAGCGAGGCGGAGCAGCCCCGCAAGAAGGCGGCGCGGUGGCCCGAGGCGGGGCUCCGCCACAGCUACUCGGAGCACGUGAGGAACCCGUCGUCGGGGUCGCUGACGGCGUCCGCGUCCGAGGGCGGCUCGCUGGAGCGCGCGCGCGCCGCGCUCGAGCGCCGCAAGCGCAUGGCGCAGCCGCAGGACGACGACGCGCAGCACGUGGCAUCAGGGCGCGUGGAGAACACCCGAGUGAACCCCGACUCCCUCAUCGACGAGCUCCUCGCGAACACCAACCUCAAGCAGGCCGUGGAGGACUCCGCCGAGACGUCGGGGCUGCAGCUGUUCAUCUCCCGCGACGGCACGGCCGAGCUGGGCAGCCGCCAGCGCCAGCAGCUCGCGCGCCGCGACUACCAGCGGGUCGUCCUGCAUCCGCACGACAACAGGUGCGUCCGGCCACGGGUUGCACUCUACCUUCUAUUCAUUACUGUUAUGUUGAUCAUUAUUACUUUAAUUAAUUUACUUGGAUUUAUUAUAACAAUGUACAGAGCCCACGACGUUAACACAUACCACAGUAUGACAGAUAGACAACAGUAUUAUUGA